AUGACCCAGGUUGUCCGUGCCCCCUCAGACACACUGACCCAGGUGUCCCUGUGUCCCUGUCCCCCCCACACACCUGACCCAGGUGUCCCUGUCCCCAGGGCCUCCUCGGCGCGGGCGGGCCGGCUGGAGGCGGCGGUGGCCACCUACCGUGGGCGGGCGGCGGCGGCGGGCGAGCUGCGGCGCUGGGUGCGGGCGCUGGAGGAGCGCCACGCCGCACAGGUGCGCCGGGCAGCGCACCUGCAGCAGCAGCUGGGCCGCGCCCAGGCCGGCUGCGCGCAGCUGGAGGCCGCCCGCAGGCAGGUGGAGGAGCUGAGCGGGCAGCAGGCGGAGGCGGCGCUCAGGGCUGAGAAGUGGCACCUGGAGUUCCGGCACCUGCAGGAGCGAUUCGAGGCUCUGAGCCAGGAGAAGGAGAGGCUGCUGGAGGAGCGGGACGCGCUGCGCGAGGCCAACGAGGAGCUGCGCUGUGUGCAGGUGCAGCAGAGCUACCUGAGCCAGACAGACACAGGCCCAGCCCCUCCCCAGAAUUUGGCAGCUGAGAUCCUUCCUGCAGAGCUCAGGGACACGGUGACGCGGCUGCGGCGGGAGAACCGGCGGCUGCGGCUGCAGCGGGACCAGCUCCAGCACAGGCUGGAGGCGGCUGAGCCUCGGGUGGAGCAGGGGAGGCUGCAGGAGGAGUUUUUGCUGCUGGAUGAGACCCCGGAGGACCUGGAUGAGCUGCCGGAGGGAGAGGAGGAGGAGGAGGAGGAAGAGCUGAAGCCCCCCAGGGCUGGAUCAGGAUUUAGAGGUUCCACGAGGUCACCCCCCAAAAACCCCUCAGCAUCCCCUGGGGACCCCCCCAGAACUGCCCCUUUGGCCCCAGUCCUGCAGCUGCUCCGCAGCCAGCUGCAGGAGAAGGACGCGCUGAUCCGGCACCUGGAGAACGACUGGGAGCGCAGCCGGGCCCAGCGGGAGCGUGAGGAGAAGCUGCUGGUCACAGCCUGGUACAACAUGGGCCUGGCGCUGCAGCAGCAGGAGGGAGGGACGCCAUCCCGAGCCCUGCCCAGCGGGGCUCAGUCCUUCCUGGCCCAGCAGCGCUUGGCCACGGUCGCCCGCCGAGCGCGAGCCCCUCAUGGCCGAGCUCCCCUCAGCUGAUGGAUCCCCAAAAUUCCUCUGGGCUGGACCCACUGCACACACUACAAUCCCCACCUCCUUUUGGGGGGGGCUGGACUUUGCUCCCUUAAUUUUUUGGAGGAGUUUUUAGCACUUCUAUUUUUGUAGCUUAUUUCAGGGGGGUUCUUGUGUGUUUUACCCCCAUAAAAUCUUCUAAUAAAGCCUCAGGACUCA